UUAAACAAAUAAAUAUAAAAUAAUUAAGAAAUUAGGAUCAGGUUCAUUUGCAGAAGUUUUUAAAGGAAUAAAUAAAAAAAAUAAUUCAACAGUAGCUAUUAAAUAAUUAAAAGAAGGAGUUAAAUGGAAUUCAUUUAAAAGGGAAGUAUUUGUUUUAUAGAAGCUCGCAAAGUUAACUCAAAUAAAUAGAUUAUAUGAUAUUAUUAAUGAUGUAUAAAAAAAUUAAUAUUCACUUGUUUUAGAAUAUGCUAAAGGAAACGUUUUGAGCAAAUAAUUAGUUAAUUUAACAAAAUUUGAAAUAUAAUAUUAUACUUAUUAAUUAUUUGAUAUAAUUAAUAAAUCUCAUAAAUUAAAUAUUAUUCAUAGAGAUAUAAAAACUGAAAAUAUUAUUGUUGAUAGUUAAAAAAAAAUAUUAAGACUUGUAGAUUGGGGAUAAUCAUACCCUUAUAUUCCUAAUGAAAUGAAAGAAAAUAUAGCUGGUACAUAUUUAUACAGACCGCCAGAAUUAAAUUUAAAAGAAGAAAAAUAUAGGCAUCAUUUUACAUUAGGUAUCGAUGUAUGGUCAAUAGGAAUUUGCUUUUAUAGAAUGAUAUUCAAUGGUGCUUAUCCAUUUAAAGGCGAUAGUCUUGAUACUGUUUUAUAAUCAUAAAUGGAUUUCUUUUAAUAUAAAGAAUAUUUGAAAUUAUCUGCAUUAAUGAAUGUUAAUAUAAAUGCAACAAUUUACUAGGAUUAUAAUUAAUAAGAAAGAACAAAUAUGUUUGGAAUUAAAUAUAUUAAGUAACAUUUAGAAGAAGACGAAUUUGAUUUGUUUAAUAGAAUAUUUUAGUCAAACCCUGCAGCAAGAAUAACUGCAGAAGAAGCACUUAAACAUAAAUAUUUUGCUUAACAUGAAGUAAGAAUAUGA